AAAAAAAAAAAAAAAACACACACACACAUUAUCUGCCACUUUCUCUCAACCUCAAUCAGUGUCUGAAGAAUUUAAAACUGAAGUGUCACAAUCCCCAAAAAUCCCUUUUUUGCUAAAUCUUAAAUCAACAGAUAAUAAUAAUAAAAAAAAGAAUUAAUAUUUCCACAUUAGUUUUUAGUGAGUACUACUAUUAGUCUGCAGUAUUUCCCCUGCAAAACCCAGGUUUUAUUUUUACAUUCUUGUUCAGUUUUUAAACCUUAAUUUACUUUAAUUAAUGCAACAUUAAAUUCUUUUUUUUUUCUAGUUUGUUUGCAUUACACUUCCACUUUGAUGCAUUAUAUAAAGUUCAGAUUUUUCUUCUUCCUCUUUAUAUUUAUCAUGUUUUCUUGCUUUCUUGAUUCUUGAAAGUUCAAUGCUUGCAUUAUAAAAUUAUAGGAAUUUCUAUGUAUAUUUAUAAAGUUUUCUCAAAUGGGGGUUCCCUAAAAUUUGAGAUAUUAUAGAGUAAUAACGAAGACACUUCUUGAAUGUUUUCAAUUUUUGGAACUCAAGAUUUGAGUUGGGAAUUGAAACUCUUGAAUUUUUUGAGCUUAAUUUAUAGUAUUAGGAAUAUAUAGAGGUUAGUUUUUAGAAUUGUAGUGCAGUUAAAGUUUCCUUGUAUAUUUGUUUACAAGAUUUUAGCUGGCUUUUUCUUAGGUAAAUGUCACAUUUUCCUUGCCGUGAAUUUAGGCUUUGACUAUAGAGUACUUUUGAGCAUUUUUGCCAGAUGUCAUAUUUUUGUAUGUUUUGCUUCUUUUGUUGCUGAUGUUACUUUUAUGAUAUUGUUACAAAGUAUGAGUAUGAUUUGAGUAAAUGUACAUUCAAUGAGAGAGAUAGUGAUAAGGUACAAAAUAAGAAUUUUGGAUUACGUUCGAGGUUUUUUUGGGGUUCGCUAGAUUACAAGUUUUUCCAGAGAGGAUUAUCGAUACAAACCGAAAAAAAUUGAGGCUUUUGUCUCAUCCAAUUUACCGGCAUUGUCGGUUUUCGGGUUCAAAUAGCAUAAAUAAGGGUUAUUGAAUGGGGCAUUAUGCACCUAUCUGGGAUCAUAGAGCGUCGGUCGAAGUAACAAAAGAUAUGAGUGAGAUGAAUCAAGUCACGCUUCGGAACCCUCAGGGUGCCUCUGUACGGGUUAGCUUGCAUGGAGGACAAGUUACUUCGUGGCGGAAUGAUCGAGGUGAAGAGCUCCUAUUCACCAGCAAUAAGGCCAUCUCCAGAUCUUUGAAAUCUACACGAGGAGGAAUUUCUGUUUUCUUUCCCCAGUAUGGAACUGGUGGAUCAGUUGAGCAAAAUGGAUUUGCCAGAAACAAAAUUUGGACCAUUGAAGACGACCCUCCAUCUCUAAAAUCAUUUGAUGCCCAAGGAAAAUCUUUCAUUGACUUGCUGCUCAAACCGUCAGAAGAUGAUCUGAAGUCCUGGCCUCAUGUCUUUGAGUUUCGCCUUCGGGUUUCUCUUGCAUCAGAUGGAAGCUUGUCUCUGAUAUCUCGUAUAAGAAACAUCAAUGGCAAGCCGUUCAAAUUCUCCUUUGCUUACCAAACAUACUUUUCUGUUUCUAACAUAAGUGAAGUGCGGCUAGAAGGUUUAGAAACACUGGACUAUCGUGACAACCUGUGCAAGAAAGAACUCUUUACUGAACAAGGAGAUGCCAUAACAUUUGAGGCUGAGAUGGACCGCGUCUACCAUCAUUCUCCUGAUUGCGUUGCUGUUCUUGAUCAUGAAAGGAGGCGAACAUAUCUGCUAAAGAAGGAAGGGCUACCAGAUAUUGUGCUAUGGAAUCCCUGGCAAAAGAAAUCCAAAGCAAUGGUGGAUCUUGGCGACCAAGAGUACAAGAAUAUGCUUUGUGUUGAUGGUGCAGUAAUAGAAAACCCCAUCACUUUGAAGCCGGGAAAAGAAUGGACAGGUCGCGUGGAGCUUGUGGUGGUACCAUCAACCUAUUGGAGCGACGAUCUUUAGUCUCUCAAAUUCUGGCUAGAAGUAUUUUGGAAUGGGUCAAUAGCUUAGCGAGAGAGCGUAAUCUUUUCAACUCGUUUCUAUUUUCUAGGGUCAUUAAAAUGUUGUCAUUUGACAGCUAAAGCUUGUCAAUUGUUGCUCCAUUGUUAUAUGUUUUGAAAGGGAAGGUUUUUUAAACUAAAAUGGUUCCAUUUUGGUACAUUAUUUAUGUUUAGUGCAAUUGAAAUGAGAAAGUGAAGGAUCGAUAUAUUUUCUUUGUUUGGUCAAGUACAUCUUGGAA